AUGUUAGCGCCACAAGGUCUAAGCUAUAUAUGAAAGUCUAAGAUAAGGUAAGGUCUAUAUAAAGGUAAGGUAAAGUGUUGUUCUACACAGUGCAAGCAAACCCUCUGGUUGCCCCCGGUUGGGUUCACCUGGUAAGUGCGUGUACAAAGGUCAACGCCCGCGCGAACAAAAGAGGCUCAGACGCCACAAAAUACCUGCAUAUCAAACAACCCCCUUUGUUAACCUUCUUGCCAUGAUCUAGCGAAGUCAGUACUACUUUCGUUGCUCCACGCAAGUGCUAACUUUCUACAGCAUCAUGGGGACACUAGGGUGGAGUUUUUUUCUUCUCCUGGCCGUACUUGUGGGUUAUAUCUGGUAUGAACCGGCUUUUGAUCCAGAAUCUCUGAGGGGAGCCAGGGUUGUGGUGACCGGAUGCAGUUCCGGUAUCGGAGAACAGAUGGCGUAUCACUACGCCGGGUUUGGAGCCAGGGUUCUCAUUACAGCCAGGAGAGAGGGAAGGUUAAAGGAGGUUGUAGCUAAGAUGAAGGACCUGGGAGCCCAGGAGGCCAUCUAUGUAGCAGGAGACAUGGGGAAACCAGAGGACUGUGAGAGGACCAUCCAAACAGCAAAGGAAAAAUUUGGUGGUUUGGACUAUCUCGUCCUAAACCAUGCGGGUUUGAGUACAUUAAAGAAGAAAAACAAGAGUCCAUUUUGGGACGGUGACAUGGAUAUCCUGCAUGCUGAGGCAACUGUCAACUACAUCAGCUACAUCCAGCUGGCUUCACUGGCACUGCCGCUUCUUCACAAGACCAACGGCAGUCUGGUCAUCGUCGGCUCAUUGGCUGGAAAGAUUGCGACCCCCUUUGCCACUUACUACGCAGGCUCUAAGUAUGCACUGGAUGGAUUUUUCACCUCCUUACGGCAGGAGUUGGUAAUGCAGGACAUCAAUGUGUCCAUCACGUACUGUGUCCUUGGCUUGAUCGACACUGACCUACCAGCAAACUUCAACAAAAUGUUUAACUUCACUGCGAAACUCCAACGGGCACCACCUUCGGACUGCGCCAUGGCGAUCAUCCGGGGGGGAGCAGCACGGCAGCGAGAAAUCUACUACCCUUGGGGAGGUCCAUGGGUGGCUACAAAACUGAGCAGGAUCGUCCCGCAACUCCUCGAAUCUUUAACACGAAGCCUUCCCCCUAAACUGCUAGAAAAAUCACCCCUUUUCACAGGGGAGGAAAAUUAACAAAUGUUACCCUAUAUCAAACUAUUGUCCUUAAUGAUAGAGUAGCUUUGUGGGGUUUUUAAACCUAAACAACCUUGAAAUGGGUAACAUUUGCAUAUUUUGAAUCAGUGCAAAAUGGUAUACAAGAUGAAGACCAGAAAUAUACAACAAAGAUGCAUGAAGAAUUUAAUUCUAAUGGGACUUGAAUUUACUUACUAUGGCACACCUGUUCUUUACAUCAUCUAAAGGAAAAUCCAUUUGAAAAAAGUACAUGUGUUGAGUAGUAUUUGAUAGCUUUAAUUUAUUACUUAUUGACAAAUGGCACCACCUAGUUGAAGAAUGACAAGGAAAAAAAACAGCCAACUAAACAUACAAAUGCUUGGAUAGACUCUUUUAAACUGACAUAAAAAGGCUAUUAUCAUUAUCUAUUUCCUCUUUCACAUCUCCAUUUGAAGAGAGUGCACAUGGGGUCAUGGUGACCAAUCAGGAUCAUGGACACAACUGUAACUGUGGAUCACUCACAAUAAAAAAAGUGUCCACAAUUCUGAUUGGACAAUGUCAGGUCCAAUAAGACAAAGCAUAAGCACUGAAUAUCAAACCAUUUUUGACAAAAAGACAGGGUUAGAAGUAUGUUUCAGUUAAAAGUACAACACGCUGGCUAAAUAAAUGCUUCAGAACAGACUCUUCCUAAAAGAUAUUACACAAUUUCAAUUUCCAACACAUGUAACAUUACCUACUUUCAGCUUUGUACAUUUCAAUGACUAAAUUAAAAAGGAAAAAUUACUUACAAUCCUGAGUAUGUAGUAAAUAAUGUUGUAUGAAUGUAGAAUAAUAUAUUACCAUCAUCUCAAACUCCUUAUUUGCAACAAGCCUAUCCAACAUGCCGAUUCAC